GAGGCUUUAAGAACGCUACACUUGUCCUUCAACCAACCAACCAUAUUCUGACCUGCAGCCAAAAUAACUUAGUAUGCUCAAACGGCAACGUCCUGCAACGCCUCCGCCAUCGCUGGAUGAGAUUCCAUCGUUUCCCGAUCGACCUAUCAGACCCAUACCACACCGUGAAAUUCCUCCAGACAUAUUUUCACAUGAAUCGCAUACUAAAAGACGCAGAAUACACCCUCCAGUACUAGACGGUGCACAGAGAGGCUGGGGUAAACUACCUUUGUCAGUGCCUCACGCAGAUGAUAGCGAUGGCGAAGAAGAUUGGAUAGAUGGGGAAGAUGACGCGGAACCUGGUCACUUCGCGGAAUCACCAGACUAUACAGACUACAAGCAGGCCAAUACUAUGCUACACGAGAUGCAUGCUCUCCACCAGCACAGGCUUAUGUUUAUCCAACCGAACUCGCAACCACCGUCACAUCUAUAUUUGCCUCCGCACGCAGGCUUCUCAGCCCCUUCACCGCCUAUGGCCACCUAUCCACAUAAUCUUUGGCAAUCUACUCAUGGACUUCGCCAUCCUCCUUCUAUUUCCUCCAACGGCAAAGUAUUUAUACCAACACUGCCGGAAUGCCCUUUGCCUGAGUUCUAUUCCCAUCUUCCACAUGCGGCCCAAGCUCAUACUGAAUCGGCUGCGCACACCCCAUUGGAUUUUCACGAAGUCAAGUCUGUGAGAGAACGCUACGAGGAUACCAAUAAAUUACUGGGAUCAGUAUUCCUCUCGCGGAGACGGGAACUUCAAGAAGGCCCUAAUUACAGUACUCCUGUCACGGAGCGAGGCCACAGUAACCAACACCGGAACUUACUAUAAGAUCGAGCCUUCAGAUCAGGUGCUGUGGACAAAGACAUAUCAUACACCCGUCCGUCGUGACCGGCACCUUUGAUCCCAUCAUCGUUUAGUCUGUCAUCAUAGAUGUCUUCAUCACUCUCGUCCUCACAUCCUACUUUAUUUGGCAUGUUCACAUACUUUCAUCUACAUGAGCAUUCUGGGGCGCAUUGUUUUUACACCACUAUCACAUAUUGUACUAUCGUGCAUCGCAAAUACAGGAUAUCCGAGAUCGCAAUCAAACCG